AUGUUCUGGAGGCAAAGAGAGAAGGAUGCCCCGGAUCAAAACGGCGGGCUCCCUUGCGGGCAGGUUCGCGUCCUCGUCGUCGGUGAUGCGGGUACUUUCAUUGUUCAUACCUCGUCAAACUUAUUUAUGACUGUUUAACAUGGAGAUCUUGCUUAAAAUACCCGCCUUUUUUUAGUUUUCAAUCAUGUUUUCCCUCUCUCCUGUCUACGAUACUAUUGGGAGUGUGGCGUGAUGCCAAUGUGUUCAUGACCGGAGCAUUGCGUUGCAUUGGAUAAUGGUAAGGUAGCCACAUCGGCACUGACCGUUUAUAACUGAGGGUUAACGGAUUAUCAGCGGCAUUUGGAUUGAAGAUGGCCGCACAUCUUUUAGUUUGAGUUUGGAAUAUAAUGCCAAAACGUUUGAGUUUGAGACAGUAUGUCAUUCUCUUAUAAUUUUAAAGCUAAUAGUAAUGAGGCGGUUACCAAAUCUCUGCUGCUAUCAAAAACUAAAUGUCACCAUUCGAGGGAAGCCUUGAGUUGGGGUUUGGAUCAAGAUAAAUGUGAUUGAAUGCUCUUGACUAGUUUGGAAAAAAAACUGCCAAGAGGGUGAAGUUUGGGGAUCGUGCACGUGAAAAAGUAAGUGUUCUUCGACUUGGAGGGGGGAUUCGUUUCGUUGCAGAGUGAAAAUCUGGCUACUGCUGUUGUGGUUCUCAGCUUGGCUGAGGCAUUGGCCAUUCAAGACUCAGAUUGGCCCGAUAUUUUGUCAUUAGCAUCAGAUGCUACUGUGUUUCUGUCCAAAACCUUUUAGAGACAGGAUCUGAGGAUAAUGAUAUCAAUGUUUCAAUUACUGGCGAUUAUGGUAUGCAUUAUAAGAUUGGGUUUUAGUGUAGACUGUGAUGAGGCGUCUCUACUUUAAGUAAAUCCACGAGCAAUGUAAUCAUGGAAAGCUAUAAAGUUAGUUACAAUCUUGACGUAGAGGAUGUUUUAGUCAGCUGGUUUAUUGAGACGGCCACAAAUUUAGUUAGGGGAUUGGAGAGACUUGUUUGGUAGUUAUGUUUUUUUUCUACACGUAAAUCAUAAGCGUUAUGAUAUUGCUAUUUCUUGGGCAUUAUGAAUAUGCCUAGUACUUUCCUAAAUUUAUAUACAUUACCUAUUUGUUCAGCCUAUGUCCGCCAAUACACUGGAAUUUGGUUAUACUAAUGAAGGAUGGGCUCUCACUACUUAGCUUAUAAAACGUUCAUUCAGUCGACGGUAAGAGUCUCUGUAAACGUAAUUCCGUCUCAUUUCUUCUGAUUUCAAGAACAGUUUCAUUUUUGGGAAGGAUGUCAAGAAGUUUAUCAGGUGCUUUAAUACAUGUUCUUAUCCGUUCCGUGUUUUGCUUAUUUCUGAUCUCUUGUAUAUUAUCUUCCCUCACUGAUAUAGCCGAGUGAAUAUUGCUGACUAUUUCAUGUUAAAAAAACUAUAAUUGAGACAUUGAUGAACUUCUUGAACCCUAUUUAAAGUUCCUUGAUCUGCCUUCAUGAUGAUCGAGUAAUUUGCUUCUUCUGUUUGCUCCAUUCCUUUUAAUUCCAUUUAUGUGAUUCAUGUUUCUAACUUAAAUCUAUCAUCGUGUUAAUCUGAUUCCAGGUGUUGGGAAGACAUCCCUCGUUCAUUUAAUCGUUAAAGGUUCUGCUAUUGCUCACCCGCCUCAAACAGUUGGCUGCGCAGUCAGUGUCAAAGUAAUCAUCCUGUUUCUCUAUCUAAAGUUCUGAGACGUUUCAUGAUUUUGGAAUCGUAUUGAAGCUCGAUUUUCUCUAUUAAUCAGCAUAUUUCUUAUGGAAGAUCUAGCAGCUCUUCCAACAGCAUAAAAAGCGAUUCAGAGAGGGACUUCUUCGUGGAACUCUGGGAUGUGUCUGGACACGAGCGAUACAAGAAAUGCAGAUCCAUCUUCUAUGCGCAGAUCAAUGGUGAAGGAUGACCUCCCCCCCUCGACGCCCAUAGCAUAUGCCCUCUCACCAUUUCCGUUUAUCUUUCAACAACUUCAUCCCCAUCGAAUGCCUCAUUUGAAUACUACUAUCAGCUGUUUUUAAACUUUGCUGUCGGUCGCAUGUUUCUGCGCCAUUCAGAAGACUGUCAUGUUCAUCUCCUCCUUAAUUCUAUAAUUAUUUUCUCGUCAUUGAUCCCUAACAAAUGGGGUUGCAUUAUUUUUUUCUAGGGUUUCAUGCACGCUCACUACAAAGAAUCUCAUAACAAUGAAUACGAUAUCACCCAUAUAUUUAAAUCACUUUUCCGGCGCAUCAUCAGUUGGAUAUCUAACAGGGGAAUUUCGUGAGUUAAUUUGUGUGCUGUUGUUCCCGUUGGGCUAUUUUAACUGGAUCUUUAAAUUCUGCCAGAUUUUCAGACUAGUUAUCACUUUUUUUGUUCUACAAUCUUAGCAAGUUCCUGAUUCGAAACAUCUUCUAGAUCAUAAGGAAGAAGAAGAAGAUGGUUGACUUGAAAAAAGCCAUCGAUGGGUUUUUUUAUAUUGUUAUUAUUUUAUUAGUUUAUUGGUGUUGGGAGGUCCAUUUUGUUAUGAUUGAACCCAGUUAUUUUAGUUUUUAUAUCAUCAUACACUCACUCACGAGACAUGGAUUUUGUCAACGAAUUGGUCUGAGAGGAAACUAUUCUCCUUCUCCUGGCACUCCCGUCCAGGUGUUAUAUUUGUCCAUGAUCUUUCUCAGAGGAGGACGAAAGCAAGCCUACACAAGUGGGCGGUUGAAAUUGCAGAGGCGGGCACCUUCUCCGCCCCGCUCGAAUCGGGAGGCCCCGGCGGGCUCCCUGUUCCUUUCCUCGUCCUCAGCAACAAGGUCGACAUUGCGAACACCGAAGGCGCCAGGGGGAGCAGCGGCAACCUCGUCGACGCCGCCCGCUUGUGGGUCGAAAGGCAGGGACUCCUCCCUCCCAGCGAAGAAAUUCCCCUCACGGACUCUUUCCCCGGCGGCGGAGCCAUUCUCUCAGUAAGAAACCUCCCCCCUCCACCCUUCUUCUUCUUCUUCUUCUUCUUCUUCUUCUUCUUCUUCUUCGUCUUCUUCUUCUCUGCUGCUCAUCGGUCCUUCCACCCGGCCCGGCCAAGGAUUUCUAUUAAUGGCGUAUGUUCUUGAUGUGGGUGUGUGUAGGCAGCCAAGGAAGCGAGGUUCGACAAGGAGGCCAUUGUGAAGUUCUUCCGCUUGGUACGCUGGCCCCUCGCCUGAUCCUCCGUUGACCCGUCAAAAGUUGACCUUUUUAUUGAUGUGUGUAUCGUUCCAGUUGAUCAGGAGAAGAUACUUUCCGGACGAGCUGUCCGGGCCGAGUCCCUGGUCGUUGAGCCCGGUCACCAGCUCCGUCUUCCGCUCGAGUGAGAUCUCCAGCGACGACGACCAAUCCCUCAAUAAAAUCACGAGGUACGUACGUACAUAUCAUGGGAAGCACGCCCGUUGAGAGGGUUGACCUUGCAGCUACCCCUCGCCGUUGACUACCUUGAAGCUAGGGUGUCUGAAGCUCUCGAUGUUGACUUUCCUCUGGCAGGACGAAGGAGGAGGCGUACAGAUACAACGGGCUCGCCCCGCUGCCGGCGCAGCGCAACCUGACGCCGCCCACGACGUUGUACCCCCAGCAGCCGGUCUCCACCCCCGCCGAGGGCUACGGCUUCCACAGGUACGCCGGGCCUAGGCCGCCGGAAGCCGGCGGCGCCGCCAGAACGAAGCGGGCGGACAUCAACGUUUAA